AUGGAUCUUGAGUUGCCACUGAAACGUCGUCCCAAACAAACUGCAGAAACGGCGGAAUCAGGGUCGUUUCCAUCAGACGUGACCAGCGCGUUUGCUGAUGCAACCUUUCAUCCGAUGCCACUGAAUUCACCACUGGAUGCCACGGCUGUCCUCAGCACAUCCACUAAUGGUAUUCUUGCAGAGUCAUGGCAUUUCCAGAAAACUCGUAACAUGAUCGAUUCUUAUCUUUUAGAAAAGACAAACCACAGGGAAGGUUGGUGA